GAAGUAGAAGCACAUGAUCCGGAUGUGUUCCUGGGCCUCCUCAGCGCUGUGGUUUGAUAGUAUUAAUCGGUUAGCUGUGCACUCCGCUUGCAUUGAUUAUCUGGGAACACGUUUAAUAAUAUCAGUGUGAAUUUAAAGCUCGUAAAUAAAUUGAAUAAGUAUGAGUACGUGAAGAUGAAUGAGUAACGACGAGGCAGAGAAUACCCCUCAAACAGCAGAUAGCGGUGUAGCUAGCACAACAUUAGCUAGCAGGGUAACAAAACGAGAGCUGUGCUAGCAUUGAUUGGAAAGAAAACACAGCCAUGACUCUUGCUGAUUGUCGGGAGCCUAGAAAGACUGCGGGUAACCGCAUGUCAAAGCUAUUGGAUGCUGAAGAAGAAGAUGAAUUCUACAAGACUACAUACGGAGGUUUCAAUGAGGAAUCAGGAGAUGACGAGUAUCACGGAGAACAUUCAGACACCGAGGAUGAGGUGGACAGUGACUUUGACAUCGAUGAGGGCGACGAGCCAGACAGCGACCAGGAGGAGGAUGCACCCAAGAGGAAAAGCCGGGUUGUCACCAAAGCUUAUAAGGAGCCUAUAAAGGUGGCAAAACCUAAACCCAAAAGACCCUCAGAGGAACUGAAGAAGACUGAGAAAACUAAAGUGGAGCUCAAGCGGAGGAUUCCACAAGAAUUCCAAGAUUUUGCAGAGACACGGAAAUCUGUACGACAAUCCACCAGUGAACACACCAGAAAGACCAAUCUUCGCCUUCAGGAGCGGCAGGAUGCUCCUCGUAGACGGAGAGGUGCUCACCGUGACCGACCCCUGACCCAAGAAGAGCUGCUCGCAGAGGCCAAAAUAACAGCUGAGCUCAACAUUCGAUCUUUAGAGAACUAUGAACGCCUGGAGGCGGACAAGAAGAAACAAGUGCAUAAGAAGCGGCGUUUUGAAGGACCGACCAUUCGUUACCACUCAGUCCUGAUGCCGCUUGUCUCCAACUCGGUCCUGAAAGAAGAAAAUGUGGAUGUUGAAGGGUUGGAUCAGGAUGUCCCUCAGACUACAACACAGAAUCCCACAACGCCUUCUCAGCAGCCCGCCGGAGGCCUGUGUUCUCGCACAUACAUUACAUUCAGCGAUGAUGAAUCUUUCGAGUCGGCCUUUUCAUACAGCGGCCAGUCGAGCCCUCAGCUGCCUGUCCAGGAGGUUUGUCCUGUUACCCAUAAGGCUGCACUGUACAGAGACCCGGUUACUGACAUACCAUACGCUAACGCACGAGCCUUCCGCAUCAUAAGGGAGGCGUACCGUAAAUACGUGGCUGCUCAUGGAUUUCCAAACAUGUCGGGAGGGGCGAUGGGAUUGGACUCCUCUGCGAAGGGUGCCCGACAGAAAAUGGUUGUAAAGCAAGGUGGUGUGGGAACAUAGAAGUGUUUUUCAAAGGAUUUUGAUAAUAAGUGCAUCUUUUUUAAAUGAACGCAUUCAGGUCGAGUAAUUUGAUUAGUCACAUGUUGGAAAACUGAAACCAGUCACUGCCUACAUUGAGUUUUUUCCCCAUUCAUGCUUCAGUGAUUUAUUAAAAAGCAUCAGAUGUUUUCACACUGUUUUAAUUAUUGAGGCAAUUAAAGGCUAAAGAAAAUCAGUGCUGCAGUUGACUGGAUGGUAUAAAAUAUUUAAAAAGUAAAAAAAACGGAACUAAAAGAAACAAACAUUACUGCUAACAGAUCAGUUGGUGCAUUUCCUUAAACUGUUGUUGAUUUAUCCAGAAAUUAAUUUUACUCUAAUACCCUGACAAAUCCAGGUUGAGUGGAUAAAAAAUACAGUUUGUCUUUGGGAAAAAAAGAAAGGUCUCUAUCUUUAGGGCAGAUGUGCAGCUUUUGUUUCCUCCUUUUUUUUGUACAAAAAAACCUUUUUUAAUGUUUUGUUAUUCGGUCCUCCUGGGGUACAUAUUUCUCAACUUAAAUAAAAAAAACGAGACUUGA